AUGAAGCGAAAGGCUGCCGAUGUUCACGACUUCGAGAUCGGACCGAGUCCGGCGCGACCUUCUCCGCCGCACUGGCAGGCAGCCGAUUUCCCGCAUGGCCCGUGUCCGCGCACCGACGCCUUCUCGCCAAACGCCUCCAUAGCCCUCGUGGGGCUGCGUGGCGUCGGGAAGUCGACGAUCGGUGUCAUUCUGUCGUCGAUGCUACGCCGGCGCCUCAUCGAUGGCGACGUCUACUUUGUCGGCUCGACGGGAAUGUCAAUCGCGCAGUACGUCAACAUCCACGGAUGGCCGGGCUUUCGCGCGAAAGAGGCCGAGCUCAUGGAUGAGAUCUUGCGAGAAAACGGAACCGACACCGUGAUCGUCUGUCCCAGCGGCUGCGUGGAAACGGCGAGUACGAGAUCGCGGCUACAGGAGUGGAUGAAUCACCGGCCUGUCGUGCAUAUCAUUCGCAACGAAGACGAGAUUCGGGAUUACCUCCAGCCGCAGUCGCCAGCGUCCUCCCCUUCGCAGCGACCCAACCCCCCAGGGAACACUCUACGCCGCUUAGUGGCGCGACGGGAGCCUAUGUAUUCGAGCUGUUCAAACCUUGUGUUCUACAACAUGUGGGACAAGCAACAACACCCGACAGUUUCCUCGGGCCGGUAUUCGCCCUCGGCACCCACACUGAAGAAUGUCGAACAAGAUUUCCUGCGCUUGCUCAAUUUCGUGUUUCGGCGAGAAAUGGCCCCGGUCUGGGAUUGGCACGGACCCCACCCGUCAUCAGCACCGGUAGCAACCGCUGUCGAGGAGAGGUCGUAUACGUAUGCUCUCAGGAUGCCUCCAAAUCCUUCCUUCGGGACCAUCGUCCGUGCCCCGGUGAUGCUCGAGGAAUUGGGCGAGACUGUCGAUGCGUUCGAUCUGAGGAUUGAUUUCUUAUUGCAUCCCACGAUAAGCCCCGCAGUGGACCGCCGAAGCUUCUCGACACUAUGCUUCAUAGCGGAACAGUUCGCUUGCAUCAGGAGGCGUACUUCGGUACCCGUUGUCUACCAUGUCAAAACCGAGCACCAGGGAGGAUGUUUCCCAGCACACCCCGGAAACAUCAACCAGGAGAAAGCAUACUUCCAUCUUCUGUAUCACGGCAUUCGGCUCGGUGCCGAAUACGUCAUCGUGGAGCUAAACUACAAUGCCCAGAUGAUCUCCGAUUUGGUGGCUCGGAAGGGUGCAACAAAGAUUAUUGGAGCCCACUUCGAAAGACAAGGCACGAAUUUCGACUGGGACAGUCCGGAGCGGCUGCAGCUGUAUGAACGAGGAGCACGGUUGGGAUGUGAUAUCGUCAAGCUGGGCCAGAAAGCAAACAGCAUGCAGGACAACUUUGCCGCAAUCGCGUUUACCCACGCCGUGGAGAAGCGGCGAAGCGCUGGUGACAGAAUCCUCCCGGGGUUGAUGGCUUUCAACACGGGAAGUUUGGGCAAACUCUCGCGUUCUCUCAACAAGACGUUGUCGCCGGUGACACAUACACUACUACUUCAACGCCAGCAGCUUGCGGGAGUCACGGGCGAUGAGGACAAGAUCGACGGCAAGCCAGAAGAUGAGGAGGAUAUGACCCCACAAGAAGCCAUAUCGGCCAUUCACGCCUGCGGCAUCCUGCCUCGCCUCAAUUUCUGCAUUCUGGGCUCAGCUAUCCGCCACUCCCUAUCGCCGGCUAUGCACAACGCCGCCUACAAAGUCUACGGGAUGCCGCAUAGCUACCGUAUUUGCGAGACACCCACCAUCAAUCAACUACUAACGGUGGUGCAAGACCCAGCAUUCGGUGGAGCGAGUGUAACACUUCCUUUCAAGCUCGAAAUCAUCCCGUUGAUCCACACGCUGUCGGAUCAUGCUCGUGCCAUCGGCGCAGUGAACACCAUCAUCCCAAUACGGCCCACGGACAACAAAACUCCGGUGGCGUUGCACGGCGAUAACACGGACUGGAUCGGAAUCCGCACGUGUGUGCUGCGAUACCUGACGCCAGUGAAUGCCAUCACGAGCAGCACAACAUCGCUCGUUAUCGGCGCUGGAGGAAUGGCAAGGGCUGCCAUCUAUGCGCUGCAGAAGAUCGGGGUGGAGAACAUCUUCCUCUGCAACCGGACAGCAUCGCGCGCGAUGGAGAUUGCCGAGUACUUCAACAGCAAACGAGUCGGCGACCGAACACCGGAGAGGGCCAGUCCGAGUUCGCCCAGCAUCGUCCGAUACCUGUCAUACUCGGAAGUUUCGUGGCCGACCGGAUACCGGCUGCCGACAAUUGUGGUUUGCUGCAUCCCCGCACACUCGAUCCAGGGUGCGCCGCCGGCAAACUUUACGCUGCCGAACAAGUGGCUCGAGAGUCCCACGGGUGGCGUAUGCGUCGAGCUUGCAUACAAACCCCGGGUUACACCACUGUUGCACCAGAUCCGCACGCUGGCGCAAAAGGGCUGGAUCGGAGUCGAUGGCCUAGAAGUCUUGCCAGAGCAGGGUUUUGCACAGUUCGAGUUGUUUUUGGGUAGGAAGGCGCCGAGGAGAGUGAUGCGAGAUGCGGUCGAGCAGGCUUAUGUACAAGAGCGGAAGUAG